AUGAGUUCUGCUUUCUUCCGACGACCUACCGAUGGAAGCUCCAGCUCCAGCUCAGACAGCGAUAGCUCAGGAGAAGAUGAGAUCCCGGAGAAUCAAAUCAAUGAAAGUAUCGGAGAAGGCCAGACCAUCAUCACUGAAUCACUUUCCAGCCAUGGCAGUGUCUCGUUCGGAGACGAGAUGGAUGUCCCAGCGGGUUCGGUUUCUAACAUCGACCGGCACCGCACCAACUUAAUCAGCGCUCUUCUCGAAGACUUUGCCAGGAACAGAGCAUGUGAAAUCAUGAACAAUGCAAGGCCAGGAUCCAGAUUCACCAGAUCAUCCGUGGAAGUCCAGCCGUUGGCGGAAAAGCUCUACGAGCAACUCAGUCAAUCGUUAUCUCUAACUGGCAUCCUUUCGGCCAGCAACGACAGGGACAACGAGCAAACAAGAGCGGCAUACUUGGCCGGCAUCGAGAGUCUUGCGCUCGGAGCCGUUCAGAAUCACGAUCUGCUCCACGGGCCAGCUCGAAGUCAACUUCCAUUGAUAAAUGCUAACGACCAACCACACUCUCUCAUUCCCAACUUGGUCGGAUCACGUAUGGCGAACCUGUCUCUUCGCAGUCAGCCUCAUUUGUCGCCGUAUAACGAUCUAGUCUUGUCUCCGCCCGCAACCCAUCGCAGUCACUACGAGUCCAGCUUCCAGCAACUGAGAUUACUAGGAAAAGGAGGCUUUGGCAGAGUGUAUCAUGCUUACAACCUGUUUGACAAAAAGGAAUACGCUGUGAAGAAGAUUCCUCUAAGCCCUCGGUUGUCGCAGCGAUAUCGGGUAUCUGGACACAAAGAGCUGGAAAACGUACUACGGGAAGUCCAGGCAUUGGCACAGCUGGAGCACCACAACGUGGUUCGUUACCACGCGACAUGGAUAGAGGAGCCCAGAGGGACGUCUGCCACAGUAUCCGAGCUCAGGAAACAAAGCCUUACAGUUCAGGGUCGGAAACUCAUUGCUGACCGCCCGAGGCAUUCCCGACCGGCGGAUCGAACUGCUCCGACAAAUUGGCAGGUCUCGGACAACGCCGACGGCAUCGUCUUCGGCUUUGACAGUAGACCGCACACUCCUGCUCAGGACGUCGAGAGUGUCGCCACUCCGGCACGAUCCAUCAGUGAGACCGAUCACGACCAAUCCUCCGCACGAGCUUCUGAGAUUUUCACAGAUGGCAACGCAAGGGCCAACGUUUCAGAAGAUCCGGCCAUGGAUGAGUCGGUGUAUGUGCUACAUGUGCAGAUGUCAGUAUAUCCCAUGACUCUUGCACAGUACCUGGCACCUGCACCGGCCAAUGCAAGAAGUGCACCAAGCAACCCCAUUCGCAGACACUGUUUUCACCUGGUCCCAGCUCUCCGACUGCUCAUGGGCAUUCUGUGUGGGUUGCAGUACGUCCAUUCCAAAGGACUUGUGCAUCGUGACAUCAAACCUUCCAACGUCUUCAUCUCAAGCUUGAGCUUUCCCACGGUAGGUUCAGUUUCGGACGGAUAUUACGACGUGGGAUCCUGUAUCGGUUGCGCAAACCCUAGUGCAUAUUACAUCAAUCCCCGCAUUGGUGAUUUCGGACUUGUUGCACAGCUGGCAAAGGAAGAUGACCUCGAGACAAGCAACAAUGGCGGAAAGACCAGCAAGGCGGUGGGGACAGAAUACUAUCGACCUCCACCUUGGACCGACUCCAAAGGCAAGACAAAGGCCAACACACAAAUGGACGAGAAAGUGGAUGUAUUUGCGCUUGGUGUCGUUCUCGUGGAACUUCUGUGGCCCUGCCAGACCAGUACAGAACGCAUGCAUGUUUUGCGGGACCUACAAAAGGGCAGGAUUCCCACUGGCCUUGCUGAGAAAAUCGACAACGAAGGACAUGCACCACACACCGGCGAGAUGGUUGUUCGAUGCAUAAUUGGAAUGCUGGAACGGGACCCACGGGGCCGAUGGGGAUGUCAAGAGGUUGAGCAAUGGCUAGACAAGCUCCUGACCAGAUGUACGACCUUGGUCAAUCGUGGAGGCGUUGGCGGAACCGAAGGCGUUGACAUGAGAAAAGUCCACAAUUUAAGCGAAGCGGAUGGAGAAGCAGAUGGCCAGGCAGAGAGAUUGCCGCUGAGUCAGGAAAAUCAAGUCAUCAACGGCGACAGUGCCUCAUGA